CAAGGAUCAGAAUGGUAAUACAGCGAAGUUGGAAAAUUCCCUCUGAUGUAGGGGGAUCAUUAGGCGGCAGCACCACAGCCUCCAACGAAGGCCAGCAGCGUUCAUCUCCGGGCUUGCAGCUGCAGGCAGCAAACUCCUCCUCAGAUGACUCCGAUUGCUCCAAUCAGACUACGCACUCCAUGGACACACGUGUGGCCAGUCCAGCGGAGUGUGUGAAAAAGCAGGCCGAAAAGGAUGGAGGCGUUACAGAAACCAACAGUAUUACCCUCUCCCUUCUGGGCGAAUCCACAUCCUCGGAUGCGGAGCCUGCUUUGAAAUAUGUUACCACCCCGGAUAUGGCUGAAACAAUGUUGCAGCGCAUACGGCAGAGACUUGGUGGCACGCAUAACAUGGAAAGCGGCGGCAGUGCUGAGUCGGCCAUGAGAGCACUAGAGCUUCUGAGGAUUAGCGUGCAGCAAUCCUUCGAUGCGGAGGUCAAUGAUAUAAUACAACGCUACAUUAAUAACUACUUUAAGCCUGCAUUUGCCAACAUCAAGGAAAAUCUGGGCCAGCAUUCCGUGAACGAGGAAACGCUUCAGAAGAUGUCCUCGUGUGCUCUGCUCGAGAAUGCCAAGGCCCAGUAUACGAAUUUUGUGCGCCAGCAUCGUUUAGUACCCGGAGCCACCACGGAGCAGCAGCGCUUGGCCCUGAAACGCACUGCUAAGCCGGAGACUGUCACAAACAACAAGGUAUUCGCUAGUUUUGCUGCCACCAAGCCCAUGCCCUGCACGGCAACAACAUCGAAUCAGUUGCAGCCCGUAAAUCAGCAGCAGAUUGCAAACCAGCCGCUGCCUGUGCCACAGGAAUUGCCAGUGGUGCAGCCUCUUCAGCAGCAGACGCAUCGAACAACGAUUACUCCCUUGGUUGGUGGGACACUGCCUACGCCAGUUCGCCGCCAGAUUUUCUGGAACACCGCUCAGAUAUCGACGAGCACCAAGUUUGUGCUGGACGUGCAGGCUAAUCUGGCCUUCGGAUUUGGCACUGAUGGGAAGGAGCGGCUGGCCAGCAAACAUCCGGAGCUGAUACGCUACCUGCCAGACGCAGAGGACCGCGAAUGGUUGGCUACCCGAGGUAUCAUACCGGCCGAAAAUCGCAGUUCUCGCUUUUUGUUUCUCAUCUACGAUGAGGUCUGCCGGCUGCAGCAGACCCACGACUUGUACCGCCACAAGACCAACAUAGAUCUAUCGAUGAUGCUUACUUUCAACGUGACGGAGAGCAUGAUCCACAAGAUGAAGCUUUUCUUUGUGGAUCUCAACAUCAAGAGCCGCGGUCUCAUCACCAACUCAUUCAUAAUGCCAAAUCAACAGACGGGAAACACCGCCAACAACAGUCAUCUGAGAAAUGCGCUCCUCCAGGGGGCAUCUGGCCAGCAGCAGCAGCAACAAACGGUGGCCACUCCCCCAGCUGAGGAUUCGGUUUUAAAGGAGCUGCCAGCUGCAUCGCCCACUCCCUGCUUGCAAGGCCAAGUCGUGGGUAGCACCACCACGCCGUUGAAGACCAAGCUGGGCACAAGUUCCACCCUGAGCUCCUCGCACGCCACUCUGACGGCGCUGCUGAACAACGGAGGAGCUGUCGUAGGUGCUGCUCCGGGGGUCCCAGCUCCUAGUUCCGGCGGGAAAUUUAGAAACUAAGUUGCUUUGCAGUCGCUAUAAUGUAGUUUGUCCAUGAAAGAAUCUAUUUAUUAGCUGCUGGUCUAUUUUUGCCGAAUUUUGUAUCUUAAGUUUUCCAUUUCCAUAUAUUUUAUCAGCUUUUGUGAAUAAUGUAG